CAGACUCACACAGACACAAAGAGCAAGGAGAAGGUAGAAGAACAAGAACAAGAACAAGGUAGAUAGAGAGAGAGAGAGAGAGCCCUGAAAGCUCCAGCUAACACUGCAACGCACACAGCUCACCUUCUUCUUCAAAGCUCAAAUCUUUCUGAUUCUCUUUCGCUUUCUGUUACUCUAAGCUCGGCUCAUUCCAGCUCAUGGAUCCCUUUGAUUUGGUGCGCAAAGGGUUUGGUUGAUGCUUAAUGAGAGUUUCGUGCGUCUUCUUCUUUAAUUCAAAGCUUAUAAAGUUGUAUCUAAUUCAGUAAAUAAUGAGCUUGUCGAGGAAAGGAUCCUUAACGAACGACACAAAGUUAACUGCUGCUGCAAGCAAGGCAACUAGCUUAAAUCCAAAUGCAGCAGAGUUUGUCCCGUUUUCGCUCAGAUCUCCUUCAUCCGGAAGCACCAGCACAGCUCAGGCGGCGGCAGCGUUUUCUUCAUCUGGAGCUUUUGGAAAAGCUGUGUUAGAUCGAACCGAGUCUUCCACCUCGAAUAAUUCUGAUGACGAGGCCCACCAGUUUUGGCGCCACCAGCUCCCCGAUGACAUCACCCCUGACUUUAAGGUCAUGGGAGAAGAUGAGUCACCAGGUAUUGGAAACAUCUCUCUGGCGGGACUGUCCUUGCAUGAUGGUGGUGAAGCAACACCGUUUCCUGCUUCUACAGCCGGUGGAUACUUAUUAAGUGAGGCACGCAUCAAUGGUAAUAGCUUUUCUGACAAGUUAAGAGUUGCUACAUCCCCCUAUGGGGAUGGCCUUUCCUCACCAAGUUUCAUGCAUGUGCCAACCAAGCCUUGGGAUAAGCAGAUUCUGAAUAGUAAUCAGCUUGUUGGCAAUGGUCACGAGGGGGCUCUUUAUGAUGACAUUUCUAGACUUGGAUUCAUGAAUGAUAUAUUGGGUGAGCCAGCAGUUGUUGAUGAUUGCGAAAUUAACCCUUCCGAAUUUUUGGCUUCACAGUUCCCUGGGUUUUCCAUUCAGAGCCUUGCAGAAGUUUACUACGCCAAUGGUUGCGACCUAAACCUAACUAUUGAGAUGUUGACACAGUUGGAGCUUCAAGUUGAUGGUGGUUUUAAUGAUAAUAUGAAUCCAAAGACCUUGUCUGCACCUGAUCUUAGUUCGAUGGACUUUCCUGCACUUACUCCAACUGAAGGUCAGCAUGGCCAUCCAAAAUAUGGUGGAGAUGAUGAUUUCCAUCAAAGUGGCAAUCCUUAUCGAUCUUCUGACAAGGACAACAUGCUUAUGUUUAAGUCUAGCUCAUCCUUUCCAUCUAGAGGUUCAAUAGAUUUUGCUUCAGCUGUCAGGAAAUUGGCCACUCAGGAUUCUGGUGGAUGGAAGUAUGAGAGGAAUGGUUCUGCUGAUGCCACUAUUGGCUCAAGUAGAGGUUCCCAUCUUGUAAAUAGUACUUACAAUAGUGGACAUGGAAGAGCUAUCUACAGUGAUAGGUCACAGACUCAUGGUUCAGCUCGGAAUGCUCCUGUUUGGCUUGAAACUGGAGAUGCUGUUGCAAAUAUGUAUUCCAAUCUGCGGGAGGAAGCUCGUGAUCAUGCACGCUUGCGUAAUGCAUACUUUGAGCAGGCCCGUCAAGCAUACCUUGUUGGAAACAAGGCUCUAGCAAAGGAACUGAGUGUUAAAGGGCAGCUGCACAAUAUGCAUAUGAAGGCCGCUCAUGGCAAGGCUCAAGAAUCUAUUUAUCGGCAGAGGAACCCAGAAAUGCAAGGAAAUGGAAGAGCACAUGAGAGGAUGAUAGACCUGCAUGGACUACACGUAAAUGAAGCUCUUCAUAGGCUCAAGCAUGAGCUGAGCAUAUUAAGGAACACUGCCAGAGCAACAGAGACGGGUCUUCAGGUUUAUAUAUGUGUUGGAACAGGCCACCACACCCGGGGUUCACGCACACCGGCCAGGCUCCCAAUUGCUGUACAGCGUUACCUACUGGAAGAAGAGGGCCUCAACUACAGUGAGCCGCAGCCAGGGCUGCUUCGAGUUCUGAUGGAAAACCAGACAAUGCACCCGAGAAAUAAUAAUAAGAAUGCAAUUUCAGACCAAUCUCCGACCCAUCAAAACCCCCAAAAUCCUGUCCCUCUCCUCAAUUUCGCCUCUCUCCCCAACCCCAUCUCUCCCUCCUCUUCCUCCUCUCCAUGGUUCUCCAUCCUCCGCACCGCCAUUGCCAACUCCGACCUCCCCCUCGGCAAGCGCGCCCACGCCCUCAUCUUAACCUCCGGCCAAUUCCACUCCCCAGAUAAUUUCCUAAUCAAUAAUCUCAUCACCAUGUACUCCAAAUGUCGGUCGCUUACUUAUGCACGCAACCUGUUCGACAAAACUCCUGACCGGGACCUGGUCACCUGGAACUCCAUUCUGGCCGCCUACGCGCAGUCCCGGCGCAAUGUGGUUGAAAACGGUGAAGCUGGACUGGGGAUCUUCCGGCGGCUUCGUGAGGAUGUUGUGUACACCAGCCGGCACACUCUGGGGACGGUUUUGAAGCUGUGUAUGAUGUCGGGGAGGGUUUGGAUUUCGGAGGCUGUUCAUGGCUAUGCUGUGAAGAUUGGGUUGGAGUGGGAUGUUUUUGUUUCGGGUACGUUGGUGAGUGUGUAUUGUAAGCUCAGGCGAGUUAAGGAGGCGAGGGUGUUGUUUGAUGGGACGGUGGAGAGGGAUGUUGUGUUGUGGAACACAAUGCUGAGGGGUUAUGUGGAAAUGGGACUUCAAGGGGAUGCACUUGCACUUUUCGCUGAGUUUCAUCGGAGUGGGUUAGGUCCUGACUGUGUUAGUGUGUGUUGCGUGCUUAGUGGGAUUCAGAAAGUUGAGUCUGAUGAAAGCAAGAGGCACAUGGAGGAGGUACGGGCAUAUGCGGCAAAGAUAGGGGAGUUUAUGACGAAUGUGGAUGAGGAAGCUAAUUCAUCCAGUUUGUGUGAUCCUACUACUAAUUCAGACAUAUUUUUGUGGAACAAGGCAUUGUCCAAGUAUAUCAGAGCUGGUGAAAAUUGGGCUGCCAUAGGGUUGUUUAGAGAUAUGAUUAAAUCAAAAGUUGGAUAUGACAGUGUGACAUUAGUUAUCAUUCUAUCUGCGAUUGCAAGCACAAAUAAUUUGGAGCUGGGGAAGCAGAUUCAUGUUGCUGCUCUGACAUCAGGUCUUGAUUCUGUCCUUUUGGUGGGAAAUAGUCUUAUCAACAUGUAUUCAAAGACUCGUUCUGUCCAGUUUGCGAGGGAAAUAUUUAGUCACAUGAAAGAAGUGGACCUAGUUUCAUGGAACUCGAUGAUAUCGUGUUGUGCACAAAGCGGUUCAGGGGAGGAAUCAAUAAACCUAUUUAUAGGUUUAUUACGGGAUGGUCUAAGACCUGAUCAAUUCACAAUUGCAAGUAUUUUGAGGGCCUGCUCCUCUAUUCAAGAAAGGUUGCAUCUCAGUAAGCAGGUUCAUGUUCAUGCAUUAAAAACCGGUAUUGCUGCUGACAAAUUUGUUUCAACAGCUCUUGUUGAUGUUUAUUCUAGAAGCGGAAAGAUGGAUGAGGCGGAGGCUCUUUUAGAAAACAAAGUUAAAUUCAAUCUGGCAUCUUGGAAUGCAUUGAUUUCUGGCUACGUAAAUAGUAAUGAAAGUCACAAAGCACUACAACUGAUGAGGAUGAUUCAUGAUGGUGGAAACAGGGUAGACGAGAUUACUCUGGCAACUGUUGCCAAGGCAGCUAGUUUCCUGGUAGCAUUGGCACCAGGGAAGCAAAUUCAUGCUCAUGUCAUAAAAUUAGGGUACUCUAAGGACUUAUAUGUUAACAGCAGUAUUCUAGGUUUGUACAUAAAAUGUGGAGACAUGGGAAGUGCGCAUGCAGUUUUCAAUGACAUUCCUGCACCGGAUGAUGUUGCAUGGACAACUCUAAUCUGCGGAUGUUUAGAAAAUGGAGAUGAAGGGCGAUCUGUGUCUAUAUACCAUCAGAUGAGGCAGUCAGGAGUUCCACCCGAUGAAUACACCUUAGCUACCCUUGUUAAAGCUGCCUCUUGUCUGACAGCAUUGGAACAAGGGAAACAAUUACAUGCAGAUGCAAUAAAGUUGGAAUAUUCCUCAGACCCUUUUGUUGCGACAUCACUUGUUGACAUGUAUGCCAAGUGCGGUAUCAUAGAUGAUGCAUAUUGCUUAUUCAGAAGGAUGGAUAUCGCAAGCAGUGUCCUGUGGAAUGCCAUGCUGGUGGGUUUAGCCCAACAUGGAGACGCUAAAGAAGCACUAAAUCUUUUCAGAGUCAUGAAAUCUAGUAAUAUUGUGCCUGAUAGAGUUACUUUCAUUGGAGUUCUUUCUGCUUGCAGCCACUCUGGCUUAGUUUCUGAAGCUUACGAGCAUUUUUCUUCAAUGCAAAGAGAUUACGGGAUUGAACCUGGGAUUGAGCAUUACUCUUGUCUAGUCGAUGCCCUUGGCCGCGCAGGGCAAGUUCAAGAGGCAGAAAAGCUGAUAGCAUCCAUUCCCUUUACACCAUCUGCUUCAAUGUACAGAGCCCUGCUUGGCGCUUGCAGGGUUAAAGGGGACACUGAAACUGGAAAACGAGUAGCAGAAAAGCUCUUGGCUAUCGAGCCAUCUGACUCGUCAGCUUAUGUCCUCCUAUCCAAUAUGAAUGCUGCUGCCGACCAGUGGGAUGCUGUGAACGAUGCUCGACAAAUGAUGAAGAGGAAGAAUGUAAAGAAAGAACCAGGUUUCAGCUGGAUAGAUGUAAAGAACAAAGUCCAUUUGUUUGUAGUAGAUGAUAAAUCCCACCCUGAAGCCGAUUUGAUAUACAAGAAGUUGGAGGACAUGAUGAAACGGAUCAUCGAAGAAGGGUAUGUCCCUGAUACAGAUUUUGUGCUUGCUGAUGUUGAAGAGGAGGAAAAAGAACGAGCUCUAUAUUACCACAGUGAAAGACUAGCAAUAGCUUAUGCACUGAUAAGCACUCCUUCAUCAGCCAUUAUUCGGGUGAUUAAGAACCUUAGAGUUUGUGGGGAUUGCCAUAAUGCAAUCAAAUACAUAUCAAAAGUUUCUCAAAGAGAAAUUGUGGUGAGAGAUGCAAAUCGCUUCCAUCGUUUCAGAAAUGGGAGCUGCUCUUGUGGUGAUUACUGGUAAACUCGGCCAUACAGG